AUGUAUUUCACCAAAGCUAUCGGUCUUCUUGCUACCAUUGGCACUCUUGCGUCUGCAGCUCCCACUUCCAUGAACGUCACUCACCUCAGCAAUCUUCCCACCCACGGCUCUGUCAACACCAACGGCGGCAAUGAUGGUGGUAGCGUCAACAUCCACAACAACAUGAAAGAUACUAUCUACUACUGGUCCGUCAGCCAAGAUGCCGGUUCUAUGAAGACCCUCGAACCCGGUGCCAGCUAUACUGAGAGCUGGCGCACCAACCCCGACGGCGGUGGCAUCUCCAUAAAGAUGGCCAUGAAGCCUGAGCAAGUCGAUGGAGACACUAUCUUCUGGGAUCUUUCUCUCAUCGAUAUGGGUACCGGCUCUCAGUUCACCGAGGUCGGUUUCGCAGUUACUUCUAACGAUUCCGGCUGCCCUUCUGCUACUUGUGCCCCUGGUGACACUGCCUGUGCUGAUGCUUACCUUGUCUGGAACGACGACCAUGCUACUCACGGCUGCCCUGCUCGUACUCAGAUGACUUUGAACAUUGGACCUGCUGCGUAA